GAAUCCAUCUGGCCAUUCCACGCGGGGCCGCCUAGUCAGAGCAGAUGUUUGCCAGCCAGAGGUUUGCCUUUGCACUAUGCAUUUUAGAAAUAAGUUUGCUGACCGCCGAGCCCACUCCUAGUUAUGGCCCACAGGUAGUAGAAGACAAUGAGAAGCCACUUCCCAUAGACUGCAGAAUGAGCUCCUGGAGCGAAUGGUCAGAAUGUGACCCUUGCCUCAGACUAAAGUUCCGUUCAAGGAGCAUUGAGAUCUUUGGACAAUACGACGGGAAGAAGUGCAUAGAAGCAGUGGGAGACAGACAACUGUGUGAACCCACUGAGCCCUGUGAAGACGUGGAGGAGGACUGUGGCAAUGACUUUAAAUGUGGUACAGGCCGAUGUAUCAAGAGACGGCUUCUGUGUAAUGGUGACAAUGACUGUGGGGACUUUUCAGACGAGGAUGAUUGUGAAGGUGAUCCCCGUCCCCCCUGCCGUGACAGAGUCGUGGAAGAAUCUGAGCUGGGGCGGACGGCCGGCUAUGGGAUCAACAUCUUAGGGAUGGACCCCCUAACCACACCUUUUGACAAUGAGUACUACCAUGGACUCUGCGACCGCAUUCGGGAUGGAAACACCAAGGUCUACUACCGCAAACCCUGGAACGUGGCUUCUCUGGCCUAUGAAACCAAAGCCGAUAAAAAUUUCAGAACUGAAAGUUACGAAGAACAGCUAGAGGUAUUCAAAACCGUUGUCCAAGAGACGACAUCAAAUAUUAAUGCAGAAGUAACUUUAAAAUUCACACCUACUGAAGCAAUUGAAAAGUAUAAAAGUACGCCUGAAGAAGGAAAGUCUCCUCGCAAAAAUUUCUUCCAUCCUACAGAAGGUGGUGGCAAAUUUGGACUCACAUAUUCCAAAAAUGAGAGUUACCAGAGCUUACUCUCACGUUCUUCUAAAACGGAAAAAAUGUUUCUGCUUGUGAAAGGAGAAAUUCAACUGGGGAGAUUUGUGAUGAGAAGUCGGGAUGUCGUUCUGACACAAACUUUCUUGGAUGAUUUAAAAGCUCUGCCAAGUACCUACGCAAAGGGGGAAUAUUUUGCAUUUUUGGAAACCUAUGGAACCCACUACAGUAGCUCUGGGUCUUUAGGAGGAUUCUAUGAACUAAUAUAUGUUUUGGAUAAAGCUUCCAUGAAACAGAAAGGUGUUGAACUAAGGGAUGUAAAGAGAUGCCUCGGGUUUGAUCUGGGUUUUUCUCUGAAAGCUGGAGUUGAACUCGAAGGAAAUUUUAAUAAAGAUGGUUGUUCAAAGACGGGUAAAGGUAAUAGUGUAAACAUGAGCCGUGAUGGCAUCAUCGAUAACGUUAUUUCACUCAUAAGAGGAGGAACCCCAAAAUACGCAUAUGAACUGAAAGAGAAGCUUCUCAAAGGAGCCAAGACGGUUGAUGUAACUGACUUUGUAAAUUGGGCCACUUCCUUAAGUGAUGCUCCAGUGCUCGUAAACCAAAAACUAUCUCCUAUACAUAAUCUGGUUCCAGUACACAUAAAAGAUGCACAUCUAAAGAAACAAAAUUUGGAACGUGCCAUUGAUGAUUAUAUCAAGGAAUUCAAUGUGGCAAAAUGUGACCCGUGCAAAAAUGGAGGUACCGUGAUUCUGCUGGAUGGACAAUGUCUAUGUUCCUGCCCCAUCACAUUUUCGGGGAUUGCCUGUGAAAUCAGUAAACGAGUAACUUAAGUGCCUCCUGCAUUCACAAUUCCCUAAGACUAAACGGGAUGUCAUGGUGUACCACCCAGAUCUCCCUUCAGGAUCAAGUACCCAUCCCUCCACCUCCUAGGAGUGCCACCUGCUGAUAUUUCACACACCAUUUCAGUUCUCAACGGAAAUCACCCUGCGACAAAGAACCAGCCACACCCAAGGUUGUGCUCCCAGCCUGAGGGAGGCUCAUUAUCUGCUAACUGGUCAGUGUGGUCGGCAUUUGAUGGGCCAGCCCUCUUGCCUCAAUGAAGACAACUCAGAAGUGCCAUCCAGUUUCAGAGCUCCCCAUGUGAUUUGCCGAACCCUCUGUUGCAAGAGCAUCACAAUUAAAUUUCCCCUUAUUCCUAAUUUUGCUUUCCACAUUCCUCAUAUAUUUUUUUCCCCCAAGAACCCACACUAAUAAAUAUGCUGCAUACAAACUCAGAUUCUCAGAGUCUAUUUCCAAGGGAAUACUAUCUGCUACAGAAUCUGAUUGGAUCAAUUGAGCAUUACUCCAUUAUCUAAUACAUAGUGUUUCUAAAGCAGAAUGAGUUUCUAAUGAUAGCAUAAACUCCUGGACUUCCUUAUGUCUGUUCUAUAUAUAGUGGACAUUUGCCAAGAUGCUAAUUUUUAUUCUAAAUGGAUAUGGCCACAGUAGCAGGGCCAAUUACCUAAAAUGUGAUUUUUAUGUGUUUGCUUCAAUUAAAAACAAAAACUAGACAGAAGAUGCCUGGGACCCAUGGACUCACAGUAAGAUAACACAUAUAAAAGACUAAUGAAGGACUUGAAUUUGGAGAAAGCAUUCAAAACUAUUUGGUAUUAUUAUCAUUGAUGCUUAUUUCUACAUCUUUUUUAUAUGCAAGCAAAUAAGAAAAAAACACAUAUAUUUAGAGAGAGAGACUUAGAGAGAUAGAGAUAUCCUUCCUUUCCCAUUUUUGUUCUUUACCCAAUGGUAGUAAAUUAUAUAUGUUGAUCCAUGUCUGGCUUCUAUCACUUACAAUAAAUCGUAAGAAUCUUUCUUCA